AGUCAGUUUCUCCCGUUCUCACCUCUCACAAAGCCAUGAUGAAGCUGGGUGUGUGUCUGCUGGCUCUCUGCUGCCUGCAGGGCGGCUCCUCGCUCUCCCUGAGCCGCCCGAGCAGCGGGCUGGGCCGGUGCCGAGCCUCCAACCUGAGCCGCACCGCCCUGGAGGUGCUGCCGGGCGGCGGCUGGGACAACCUCCGCAACAUGGACAUGGGUCGAGUCAUGAACCUCAGCUACUCCCAGUGCGAGACCAGCGAGGACGGGAUCUACCUCAUCCCGGAUGAGGUGUUUGUGAUCCCGCACAAGGAGACCGGCGUGGAGACCAACUCGGAGAUAAUCAGCUCCUGGCUGGAGCAGAAGAGUUCCACCUCUCACAGUAUAAAUGAUGACAUCUCUUUUUUCUCUGUGUUGAAUGGAAAGUUUUCUUUUGAGAGCAUGAGGAUGAAAACUCAUCAGGUCAAGGACUCUUCAACUACAACUAGAGUGCAGGUCCGCAACUUCAUCUACACAGUUAAAGCCUACCCAGAUUUUACUCUGGAUUCACGCUUCGCGUAUCAAGUUAAAGAUAUAGCUGAUGCAAUUGAGAACAACCAGACAAGGAAUGCAGAUUAUCUGUCAGAGAGGCUGGUCCUGGAUUACGGAACUCAUGUCAUCACGAGUAUCAGUGCCGGGGCUUCUCUGGUACAGGAAGACUACCUCCGCUCUUCAUACGUGUCCACCGGUAGCUCAGACAGUACCACUGUCAAAUCCUUAGCUGGAAUCAACUUUUUUGACAAGAUCAAGUUUGAGAUAAGCAGCCAGAGUACCCAACAGAGUUCAACACUCCAGACAUACCAGUCCAACAUUCAGUACUCACUUAUUCAAAGCCAUGGGGGGAUUCCUUUUUAUCCUGGCAUCACUCUGCAGAAGUGGCAGGAAAGCACCAGGAACAAUCUGGUUGCUAUCGACCGCUCAGGAUUUCCCCUCCACUACUUCAUACACUCAAAAUCUUUACCUGAUCUGCCAGAACCCACAGUAAACAAAGUGGCUCAUACCUUGCGUCAGGCCAUAGAUCGCUACUACCAGGUCAACACCCGCCCUGGAUGUGUGGACAUAGGCUCGGUGAACUACAACUUCCAGGCCAACGUUGAUGACAAGUCCUGCGUGGGUCCGGCCACCAACCUCAGUUUUGGGGGCGUCUACCAGGAGUGUGUUGCACUCAGCUCAGAUGCAGGUCCACUUUGUGAUAAGCUGGCUCAGAAAAACCUUGACACAGGAGAUUUCUCCUGUCGCUCACCUUACUCCCCAACCUUGCUGCGCUCAGAGGAGAGACAGCAGGGUUACACGUCUUACGACUGCCAUACGGAGAGUUAUGCAUGUGGAUUUUUGUGGUUGCAAACUUGCCACAGACAACUGUGCCAGGACAUGUACCAUGUUCGCUCUGCUCGUAUCAGGACCUACUGGUGCUCUACGGAUGGAAAAGCCCCAGCCAACUCGGGGUACCUGUUUGGAGGAAUCUAUAGCCCCUCACUUCUGAACCCCCUCACCAAAGCUAAAAGCUGUCCCGCAAACUUCAUUGCAGUAAAGUUUCUCUCAGAUGGUCAAAUGAUCUGCGUGAGUAACGACUAUGAGGUCGGAAGCAAAUACUCAGUCCCAUUUGGAGGGCUCUUUAGCUGUGAGGCAAACAACCCACUGGCCAAGAACCAACGCAGAUGCCCUCCCCAGUUCAGUCAACACCUCGCUACAGUGAGCGACGGCUGUGAAAUUCUUUACUGUGUCCAGUCCGGACUGUUCACAGGUGGGGACCUGCUACCGAUCCAACUGCCUCCGUUCACUAAACCUGCACUUGUCACCAUGCAAGCCACUAACACGGUGAUGGUGAUGACCGAGGGAGAUAAGAACUGGGUCAGAGUGGGGCAGACCAAAGCAUGGAAACUUGUCAAACCAGAAGAAAUGAAGGACAUCAUGCAAAAGAUUAGACCAGAAUUAAAUCAGAUGUCAAGUGGGGAAAAGGCAGGGGUAGCAUUUGGAGUGAUAGGUAUAAUGGCUCUGGUCGCCAUAGUGGGUGUGAUUGUAAUGAGGAAGAGAAGGGGGAUGUCUGGAUUGAGGAGAGGUGGCUAUGUGGAAAUACAGCAGGAAAGGCAAGAUGAAGCUUAAAAACAGCUUAGACCGUAGGGGGCUUGGCGGCCACAGACAUAAUAUGAGAGAUUAUGUUUUUAACUUCCUCAUUGAUUGCAGCACUAUUAAUCCGUAAAAUAGAGCAUUUUUGUAUGAUUAAAGGCUUAUCAUGACUCAUGAUACUUUUAUUAUCACCUUAGCGACCUUAGAUAUGAUACUGUAAUUAGUUAGAUGAGGGACAGAUGUGGUAUUGCACAUCUGCCUCUCAUAGAACAGAGUUGUUUUGAGAAGUGUCUGGUUGCAGACUGUGGGAUUGUUGCUCCAGUCUAGAUCAGAAACAUGAGAGCUGCCCUCCACGGACACCUGGCCCAGAUGUGUUACCCUGACCACUUGAGAACGGAAGUCACAGGUUUCCAGUCAAGAGUGAAGCUCCACUUUCUUCACGGCUGGCAGCUCAAUCCUCCUGGUGGUUUCUGCAGAGAGCAGAAGUGAUUUCAAGCCAACUCUCAAGUUAACCGUUACUGCCCUCAUGAGGGCAGCAUGUAGAACGUCAUGUUGUAUGUUUUUUUUUCUUCUCUUACUGCAUGACUUUAUGUUAAAUGGCAAAAGGGAAAGUCCCGUGACUUUGAAUGAACUUGCAUUUUAUUUUUAAAAAAAGUACUCAGUUACAGCAAUUUAAGGGAACUUACAUUUUUCUGCACAAUAAAUGCAUAUAAAGAA